AUGGCUGACGUCUCGGAUAGCGACCUGAGUGCAGACGACUUGUAUCUGUCCGAUACAAGCUCGGAAGGGAGUGACGAAGAUACACGGGCGUGGAGAUACGUCGACGCUGACGAGUCGCGAGUGGAGGUGGAUGACACAGACGCUUUCCUGUUGGCCAGCGCUAGAGAUGAGAACAGAGCAGUGGUUAAUCGACUUCUCCUGCGGAUGUUCGGUACCACACAGCAUCACACAGACAACGUGGACAUCUCUCGCUUUGUCUAUACGUGGUUGGACUCGUCGGUACUCAUUAAGCUGCAAACAUGGGUCAACUGCAGCAUGACCGAAGACGCAGCGGUGUCUGUCGACGACCUUUAUCGCUUUAUGAAAGUUGAACUUUGGUUGAGCUUCUAUCAUGCCACUCCUGAAGCCUUUUACGAUAAGUUUAACCUGGAGCAGUAUCCUGUUGCUGCUCGUGUGUUGCCGGCAGCAAGACAUCGGUCAAUUUUAGCAGCGAUGGGCGAGCAUCAAACACGUGAUGACAGAGCCGAUCGGUGGACGGCCCCACUGAGCCAAGAGCGGGAUAUUGAUCAUGCAGCAGAGCUUGUACGCCGCUUGUGCUCGGAUAUCGGAUAUGUAGAAGGAGUGACGAUCGCGUCGCUCGAUGAUGAUAUGAUACGACUUCGCUCGACAGCAGUUGACGACAUUGGCCUCGCACAUAUUCGAAAUCCUAAGAAGGGCUAUGGACCUGUUCAGCACGGGAUUGUGUCUUUGGUGACUGGAAUAUUUUUGGGUGGACAUGUUGCAAACCGAGGAGAGUCAACCGUAGACAUCGUUCGAUUGCUGCAACGAGCAUUGUGUGGAGCUCCAACAGAAAGUCAAAUCCAUUUACCUGGAGUUUUACAUGCGUUGGAUCGAGGCUAUCAGAGUCUGGCAGUCAACAAGCAGAUUAUUAACGUCGGGGGAAGUAUUGUUGGUACUCAUAAACGCACCGGCACGUUCCCGUUUACACACGGAAAAGCUGCUACGCAGCAUCAAAAGCUCGUACAGAUGAAAGGUGAACGCUGUGCGUUUUGGGCCACUCAGCGUCUGCCGACCGUACGAGGGACUUUGUCAAAGCAUGCACACGCGCUUGCGUAUCGCAAUGGACUGGGAAAGGUAGCUUUGUGCUACACUGCUGCCACAAACGUAGGUCCAGGAACCUGGUCUUAUAUAUCGCGCCCAAACAAGUAA